AUGGAAGAAAGACACAGAGGCAAGAAGUUGAAUGCUGCAAGAGUGAUUGAAACUUCUGUUCAAACUGGUGUUUUGACUGAUUCUAGAAUAGGAUUUCCCAGUGACAGCCAGAGAGCUCCCAGGGGACCCUACGGACCUGUCCUGCGGCCACCACCCGGUCUGCCCCCGCCAAGAGGGUUUCCACCAGGCCGUAAUCCUCCCUAUGGCCCAGGAUUUAUUCCACCACCCCACCCUCCUCCUUUUUUUCAGCCCCCUUUUUUUCAGAACAUUCCUCCUCCUCCCUUUGGACCCCUUCCAUCAAACCCUAUUAGACAACCUCGACCUUUUCCAGUUUAUCCAAAUUCACCUUUUCAACCAAGACCUUACCCUCCAGUACCUAUUAGGAAGCCAAAACCCUUAUAUCCCAAUUUUCCAAAUCCUGAUAAGCCUCAACCCCCAAUUAAAACAACUCCCAAACCUAGAACCACAACCCCUACCACUACAGAACCCACCACCACUACAACUAUCACCACUUCCACAGAACCUCCCACAACAGCAACCACCCUCACUUCCACAGAACCUCCCACAACAGUAACCACCACCACUUCCACAGAACCUCCCACACCAGCAACCACCCUCACUUCCACAGAACCUUCCACACCAGCAACCACCCUCACUUCCACAGAACCUCCCACAACAGCAACCACCCUCACUUCCACAGAACCUCCCACAACAAUAACCACCACCACUUCCACAGAACCUCCCACAACAGCAACCACCCUCACUUCCACAGAACCUUCCACACCAGCAACCACCCUCACUUCCACAGAACCUCCCACAACAAUAACCACCCUCACUUCCACAGAACCUCCCACAACAGUAACCACCACCACUUCCACAGAACCUCCCACACCAGCAACCACCCUCACUUCCACAGAACCUCCCACAACAGCAACCACCCUCACUUCCACAGAACCUCCCACAACAAUAACCACCACCACUUCCACAAAACCUCCCACAACAGCAACCACUCUCACUUCCACAGAACCUUCCACACCAGCAACCACCCUCACUUCCACAGAACCUCCCACAACAGCAACCACCCUCACUUCCACAGAACCUUCCACACCAGCAACCACCCUCACUUCCACAGAACCUCCCACAACAAUAACCACCCUCACUUCCACAGAACCUCCCACAACAAUAACCACCACCACUUCCACAGAACCUCCCACAACAGCAACCACCCUCACUUCCACUGAACCUCCCACAACAGCAACCACCCUCACUUCCACAGAACCUCCCACAACAAUAACCACCACCACUUCCACAGAACCUCCCACAACAGCAACCACCCUCACUUCCACAGAACCUCCCACACCAGCAACCACCCUCACUUCCACUGAACCUCCCACAACAGCAACCACCCUCACUUCCACAGAACCUCCCACAACAGCAACCACCCUCACUUCCACUGAACCUCUCACACCAGCAACCACCCUCACUUCCACAGAACCUCCCACAACAGCAACCACCCUCACUUCCACAGAACCUCCCACACCAUCAACCACCCUCACUUCCACAGAACCUCCCACAACAGCAACCACCCUCACUUCCACAGAACCUCCCACAACAGCAACCACCACCACUUCCACAGAACCUCCCACAACAGCAACCACCACCACUUCCACAGAACCUCCCACAACAGCAACCACCACCACUUCCACAGAACCCACAACCAUCACAACCACCACCAUUUCCACAGAAUCUCCCACAACAAUAGCCACCACCACUUCCACAGAACCAACUACUACAACCAUCACCACAACUGAAGCCACCACCUCCUUAACACUACCUACCACUUCAACAGACCUCACUACCACAACAUCAGCAGCAACCCCCUCAGCAUCUACCACUAACUCUCCCUCUACCCCAUUGCCCAGUACCACUAUCCAAGUGACAACUCCCAAACACACUACAUUAAGCACUAAAGCAGCUUUCCAAGCAGCUAUAAAGCGUUUUUGGGAUAAUUUUGCUUCCUAUUUUGGUUGA